AGUGUCAACAACGCCAAAAAAACCAUCUAUCCGUGGAUGUAGCACGAUCGCCCAAGCUCUGUGGGAACGAUGCCGCUCCGAAGGUCAAGAGAGUCUCUCACGGGCACGCCGUCUAAGGGUGUCAAAAUCCCCCUCAACGAUGAACCGCAGCAACGAAACGCGCGUCGCCUCAACCGGCGACAGGCAAUCCAAGAGGAAGAACUUGGCUCAUCCAGGAUGUCCACUACGCCAGACCGUUCACACAGAUCCUCCUUAGCGCCCUCAAUCAGAAGUGCCGCAACCCCAAUGAGAUUGUCCAUUACACCACGUAGACGUCUGGCGUCAGUCACCUUUGACAGUCCUCACACGCCGAACAGAGAAGGAGGGGAGGACGACGAUACGCCGAUUGUCACCGGAACCGGUAUAACUCCGGGGAGGGCAAUGACGGAUGUUUAUGCCUGGGGCACUUUUGAAGAGAUGUUGAAGCAAACGAGCGAAAACAAAAUUAACACAGCGAACUCUUGGAACUCCGGCCUCAUUGAUUUCUUCCACGAUAUGCGGGUACUGCGGGAUGGAAAUACGGUGGACUUCAAGAAAGCUAGCAAUACACUGGAAGGUUGUGUUAAAGUUUAUACCCAUCGUGUGGACAGCGUUGCUGAAGAGACUGGGAAACUUCUCAACGGCCUUGCGGAGAGUAAAAACAAGAAAUCCCGUGGUAGGGCAGCAGCAGAAGAGGACGAGGAGGGUGACGGAGAAGAGGAUGAGGAAGGCGAGGACGGCCAGAAGAAGAAAAGGAAGAAGGCUCCGCGUCCGGACGCGAACCUCUCUACUCAUGAGCAGCUGCAGAACAAGAAGAUGGACAUUGAACUAUCCAUGGAUCCGAUGUUCAAGAAAGCCUCAGCCGACUUCGAUGAGGGGGGUGUCAAGGGCCUUCUUCUCAACAAUCUGUUCCUUGACUCUAAGGGGCGGAUUGUUUUUGAUAGCAGCGACGACGCCGAAGACAUAACUGUGGAACAUAAGAUGACUCCAGCUCCUGACGACGGCGCAGAAGAGGACCAUGACGACUCAACACCAGAGGCUGAAGCGUCGGAAGAUGUUGAGAUUGACAUUUCUUCCCUUGCUGCGAAGUAUUUCGACCUGCCCAGCUUCGCUCAAUUGGACCAUCAAGAGAUAUGCCCCUCCAGCACUCGGUUGCAUCUCAACGACAUUUUCACCGGAUCGCUAGACCUAGCAGAUUUUACUAUUCCGGAGGACUUGGGUCCCGAUGUUAGUGAUGGCGACGGUGACGACGACCAGGUAGCUAUAAAUGGUUCUGGAGAUCUUCCCGAGGACAAUUACAUGGCAUUUAACGAUGAUGACGACGAUAUGACCGCGAUUGCCCAACCCCCCGAGGCUGGAUUUGGUGAAGGUGGUGAAGCGUGGGCCAGAGAAGCUGCGUUGGAACCGCAGGCUCGCGUUCACCAGAUGACUCCUGAAGUUGGCGACGAAGAUAGGAGGGAGGAGAGCGCUGAAGACGGUGUUGCCGGCGCCGAGGACUAUGACUACAAGGUCUCGGCAGCUCAUGGCCCUGAGCAAGAGAAUAUGUUCCAUUACUUCGACCAAGCGUUCAAGAAGAAUUGGGCAGGGCCAGAGCACUGGCGUGUCGCGCGGAUCAAGGGCAUGGGGAAAGCCGCUCCGGCAAGGGAGCGUAAGGAAAAGGUGCCAUUUGUGGUCGACUUCCUCGCUCCUAUGUCACAAUCCCUGAACGAAGCUCUGUUCGGGCCCAAGCCUGCUCCCUCUACCAUUCAGGCCCCGAAAUCUCAACUGCAAUCAAAGGCUCGUAACCUUCUACCUGAUGACAAACAUUUCAACUCUAAUAGCUUGCGUUACUAUUACCUGGUCCCGGAUGUUAGGAUUGGCGAAGAACGGUUGAUUUCUGAGAAGAAGAUUGGAUCCGGCCGUGGUGACCGUGAAGAUGACGAGGCGUAUUGGGCAAACCAAGCGCGCGACGAGAAACCCGACUACGACGCAAACUUCUACCAGGAUGACGGCAUAGGCAAUGAUGAUGCUGGAGAUGAUGAUGAGGAAGCUGAGUACUUCGCGGACGCUCGAGAACAGCUCUCUCCGCCACUAGAAGAGGCUCCCAAUCACCUACAGGGACUCGCCUCUGGCAUCUUUUCAACCCAGGAAGGCGAGCCACAAGGGGAUGCGCCUCACGUGGUCUUACCCAAUAUGCCAGUACCUCAAGCUGUUCCGUAUGCACGGAAGGCGAAGAAGGUGGACGUACAUCGACUGAAGAACGAGAUAUGGGAUGGUCUAGGAUUCGAAGAGACACAGCAAACAGUACCUACGUCAGAUUCUGGUGAACCUGGUUCAUCCAAUACCAUGGAUGUUUCCGUGAAGUUCACCGACGUUAUUGUUAACACUCUUCCGAAGAGAUAUGCGAAACAGCAGCUGGAUGACCUGUCAACAGCCUACUGCUUCAUAUGUUUGCUGCAUCUCGCAAACGAAAAAGGUCUAGUCAUUGAGAACGAGGAGAACUUCGAGGACUUGACUGUCCGGAGAGAUCCCACGGCGGACUUGAGUGUUGGGGUUCUUGAUGCAUGAGAACAUCUCUUGGGGUACUUAUGGUUCGUAGCAUUGUGGCGUUCAUAGUGGUUUGGUCACGUAGAUAUAUCGGAUACGGUAUUUGUAAUGUGAUAUGAGCUUUCUCCUUCCGGG